AUGUUUUGGUUGUUGUUGGAGAAAAAAUUUUGGUUGAUACAGCUGUCGCUGGAUUGGUUAGUAAACAUUUUGGAAAAAAUUCCCAAUGAAGAGCCAGUUCGCCAAUAUAUCCUCUGUUUUGCUAUAAAAUCGGGUCUAUUCUGUCCCCAUCAGGGUUAUCAUACCGAUCGUAUUGCUCAACAAUUCAAAAUGAACAUGGGCGAAGAACAGGUUAAGUCAGCGGCCGAUGCUUGUUUAGCAAAAAUCCCCAGGGACAAUAAGCCAAAUGAUGUUUAUACUUUUGAGAUGCAUAAAUGUUUUUUAAACAGUAUUAAGCAACGUAGUUAAAUUGAGGUGUUUGACUUGAGAAAUAAAAAUUGUUUAGUAAAAA